AUGGAUGAUCAAGAUAAAGAAGAUCAAAUUCAGCAAAAUGGAUCUCACGAUAUUACCGAGGAGCCGGUGGCAGUCUCAUCUGUAAAUGGAACUCUGGCAGAAAAUUCUGCAACAGAUUCCGGCAUCGAAACUGCCAUCGAAGGCUCUUCAGCCGAGGCUCCCACUGCAGAGGUGCAAACUCCAGUGCCGGAGCCACAAGCAGCUUCCCCAUGUUCAAGUGAGAAUCCAGAUGAUAAUCGUACAUUUACUGUUACGGGUUUAAAACAUCCAGGCGCUUGGAGAACACAUCCAGAGAUCAUUAAUAUGCUUGCGCGAUGUGAGUCUUUCAAUAUCAAGUUUGAGAGGGCAACCAAACAGAAGGGUCCCAAGCCCGGGUACAUAUCGUUCAUGUUUGAGUCAAUCAGCUCGGCAAGAGAGGCAUACACACAAGCUCAGAAAAUGCGAGUGGAUGGUCAAGCUGUUAAGGUUGAAGCCAGUCCAGCAUUCUUUGCACCAGCGGCAUGCAGAUCUCGGCCGUUUUUCAAGAUCCCUACGGAUGAAGAAGUGAAGAAGCGCACCAUAUAUGCGUUAGAUUUGCCGACGUCAGCGGAACAAAAUUUGCUGAAUAGCAUAUUUGAGGCGGAUCACAUCGAACGAAUCACAUUCCUCCCUCUUAGAAGUCAGCACAAACAAGCAGAAGUUCUUAUGCAUACAGAAGAACAGGCAGAUGCCGCGCGAUCUGAAGAUGGUUUUGAGCUUGAUGAUGGUCAACAACAAAGCGUACUCAGAAUUUUGACUCCUGAUGAUUAUGCUGCGUUUGUCGCUGAGGAGCAGAAACCUGUCCCAUUUGUUCCUCCAGAAGUCGAACCAGUCCCAGUUAAACCACCUGCUCCAUCGGUAGCUGAGCCUACUACAGCACCUUCGCCGGCUGAGGUGAAACUAGCUCCUGUUCUGGACGAGGAUGAUGUUACGGAUAUGUUCAUCAAGCAUGUCACUGAACAGCGAGUAAAUUGGGCUGAAAUUACUGACGUUAUGGAAUUGUAUGCUAUGUGCGAUGCAGUAUCAGCACAAAUAGGUGGAUUGCCUGAUAGUGUGUUGCGACCGGCAAUGCUACAUACUCUUCAGCGACACCUCACUGAAGCACAGAGUGCAUGGAUGAGAGAACAUCUGCAAUAUUUGAUAAAGGGCUGGAAGCAAGAGGUCAGAAACGAUAGUUUUGUUGAUCGACCAACGUUGGUUCAAAUGAAAGCUGCGGAGUAUGUUCCGGUUGCACCUAGUAAAAGGAAGUUCAGAGGGAGGAAUUCAGCUGUAUCGCGGGCAGGACGAGUAAUGAUGGGAGUAGGUGCAUUUUUAGAGGCCCAGAGAAGCAAGAUGGUCACAGAAGAGGGUGAACUAGAAGUUGAAGAAGAUGAGGAAGGCAACAUUACUCUUGGAGGAGAAGCACUCAGCUUUGAGUCAUGGGCAAAGUUGACUAAGACAAAUCAACCAGAUAUUGUCUAUGCUAAGAUGGGUCAAGGAGAACCUCCCGCUAAGAAGCCGCGUGAAAUGCACGACUUUAAGAAGUUCAAACAGAGUCAGAAAGAAUGGAAGGAAAAGAAGAUGGGAGCAAAGAAGAUGCGGAUAAUGCAGCAGGCUCGGGAAGAACUGGAGGCUUUGGACAAGGAUAAAUUGGAGCAGCCGCAGGUUUCGAAAGAAACGGAGAAUGGAAAGGAGAAGAAGGAGAAGAAGGAGAAUGCAACUCCAGAAAAACCUCCAAAGCCUCCGAAAGAGCUGGACGAAGGUGAGAUCGACUCAGAGGAGGAGCGCAGAGAAGAAAAGGAGAAGAGGAGAACGCGGCGAAAAGCCUCCAGUUCCUCAAAUUCUUCUAGCUCUUCUUCAAGUUCGGAAAGUGAUGAUGACGCCGACGCUCGAAAGCGACGAAGAAAUAGACGAAAAACUGAGAGACUGAAGGGCCCUCAGGUGCCGCCACUCUUCCAACGGAUGUUCAAUCAUCGACAUGUCAUCAUUAAUGCUUUAUCUGCUGAACACAAAACAGCAUUUGCCUCUGUGCUACACCAGAUGAAGUCGUCUGGCCGAACGGGAAUCUCGCAAUCGGACCAACAACAGAUGCUCACGUUCCUAUCGAACUUCAGUCGAUAA